AGCAAGAGAGGGUUGCACAAAGCGGCCACGAGUGCCCAAAUGCAGGUGGCGAUUUCGCUGUGGAAUCCCUUUAACCACCGGUAUCGCCGGAGUCUCUUCCUAAUCGCCGGCGCUAAGAAACCGAUGGUCACCGUCGCCUCUUCCGGCUGCAGCAGCAGCAGCAACCCUGGGGCUUUCACCACCCUCAAGGAGAGAGUCACGCUCUCUCGCGAGAUUAAGAAAAGCAAAUUCAUCGCCAUCGCCGCCCCUAUCUCCGACGAGCGCUCCGCUCACUCCUUCCUCUCCGAGGUCAGUUACUUCCAGACUGCAUUUUCAAAUUUCGGUGUCCAGGAUACACGCGCUACGCAUAAUUGUUGGGCUUACAAGGUUGGUGAUCAAUCCAGGAGCAAUGAUGAUGGUGAACCAUCUGGCACAGCUGGUAAACCAAUACAAUCUGCGAUUGUUUCUUCAGGAAUAGACAGAGUGAUGGUCGUUGUGAUAAGGUACUUUGGAGGUAUCAAGCUAGGUACUGGAGGAUUAGUCAGGGCUUAUGGUGGAGUUGCUGCAGAAUGUUUGAAAAAUGCACCAACUGUUCUUGUGAAAUCAAAAGUGCCAAUGGGUCUUGAGGUUCCAUAUGAUCUUCUGGGAGUUGUGUAUCAUCAGCUACAAUCUUUUGAAGUUGAAGACAUCAAUCAAGAUUAUGAUACUGGGAAAGACAACACAACCAUGGUCACUUUCAAAGUCGAUUUUGACAGAGUAGAGGGUUUGGAGGAUGCCAUCAAAUCCCAUUGUAGCCGAGAUAUUGUUUUUUACAAACGCUGAACCAGAUUUGAGCAAUCAUCCUAUUGGUUCUUGAUUCACUUUCUCUAGAGGUACCAAGAACACGAAUACAGUUUAGUUGAUCAUCAAGGAAACAAUUUCAGGACCGGUAAUAUGUAUCCUCUUCCCUUACAUCAAAUAAUACUCUGCUCCUUGCACGGCACUCAAUUAGUGGAUGGAUGCAGUAGGGAGUUGUAGCUUAGAUCUGGGCAAUUCAGUAGGCAUACUGGUGAAGUUGACAAAUUCUGGAAAGGUGGCCUUUCUUGUAUUUAGAAUUUUUCAUCUUAGCAUUGUCGAUAUUUAUUCUUCCUAUAUUACACGUCACUUGAAGUUGGCUGAAAGGUGAAAAAUGAUCUCAUUUUUACUUAUAAAUGCCCACUGCCUGUUAAAUUUCCUUUCUCAGCAAAAUGAUGGCAUAAUUCUGUGCUCUUAAAUGGUUAAGCUGUUCUUCAUUCUCGUCUUUUUUCUUCUUUUUUGGGUGGGACAAGUUGGCAGCUGUUUUGGGUUCUUGAGAUGAGAAAGAUGGAAAAUGACGCUCUCAAUUGUGACGCGCAGAGGGUCUGACUAGUAUUAUGUGGGUGGUGUAAUGGCAUUUUUUGUUUCUUUGUUGCUUUCCUAUGAGACCUGCAAAAGGAUGCUCUCAUCCAGGAGAGUACAGAGAAAGGCCAUGAAAGCUCAAGCAUAUUUACCUUUGCAGAUACUGUCUGCUGUAAGAAAAUGCUGUUCCUUAGUUAUUUGUAAAUUGUGAUGACAGAUGAGAAACUACCCAAGUAGAACUGAGCCAAAUCCAUAUGUUUUGCCUUGUAUUUUAACCUUUUUUUUUUUGUGAUCACUUUAAAUUUUUUGUUAUUUCGAUUUCACCUUGUAUUUAUAUUUUUUAAUCAAUUUAAUUUUUAUAUUUUAAUAUUUUUUU